AUGGAGCGUGGCGUCUACGGAAUUGCAGGUUUCCUGAGUGUGGCUGACGAACUGCGAGUCCUUUGGUCACUGCCGUAUCUGACUAGAUUGUGGUGUGUCUUCGAGCUAGCAGCAUACAGGAAAGUGAACCCUGGUGGCAAAAUCGCGUUCAGGCCCUUGUUCAUCGAACGAGUUCUGUUCCAGCUGCUUCUCGCGACUUAUGCCUACCAGACCAUCCUACUGGGGUCUCGGACGGUUGACAGCAUAACGUCCCUGGCCUACGUGCGCUACCUCUUCUUUGUGCUGCCCUGGGCAUUUUGUGUGUAUGGGCUUCGGAUGAACUUCCGUGAGAAGCUCAACCUCUUUGCCCAGUUAGAGGCCUUCGAUGUAGAGCAGGCGUAUUGCACCGAGGAGUUCGAUC